AAUACUGAAAGGAAAUUCACUUCGAAGGAGAAAAAUCUAAGACAUUUCUUUUCUUGUAUAUUUCCUAAAGAAAAUUUAGAAUGGAUAGGAUUUUAUUAUCAUUUGUUGUCAUUACUGGUGCAAUACCUAGGAGCACACAGCAGUUGCUUUACGAUGACAAAUUGGCAGGCACAGAUAAUAGAAUGCACCGUGAUUAUGAAAUGUUCAGUCAAAUGAAGGAUGUGAUGUUAAGUAAAUUAUCUUCUAUUGACUCCAUAAUGGAGGAGAACUGUGAAAAACGUCAACAUUCUUUAAUUGGGAGUAUACAAAAUGAAAUGUCUCGGGUUGAUCAAAAAAUUUCAAAUCUCAAAGAAAAUAUAAGCAACGAAAAAAGUGGAUACAAAGAUUUUGUAAGGAAAGAAAUAAAUGUUAUCAAAAGCAAAACCGAAGGUCUUGAGUCGAAUAUCAGCGAAUUAGUGAAAUAUGAAAGUAUGAAAAAUGAAGAGAAACUAUCACAGUUGAAGAGUAUAAUGACAUCUUUUACCAAUGAAAAGAUUAACAGCAUCAAUGAAACAUUGCAUCUAUUACACCUAUCAAAUUCAGAAGAAGCAAAUGGUACAAUGUUAAGGAUUUCUAAUAUGGAGACAUCUUUAGCAACAGCAAUGAAAACGCUUGGCAAUGAUACAAAAAGUAAAUUAAAGGAAUUACAAAAUGAACUCAGAAAUAGCAGCCUUCAACAUUAUGGAUUGAUAGGAGAGCGAAUUGAUGAGAUUGAAGCAAAAACAUUUGAAGUGUCAAAAGAUAUCGCUAAAAACAGUCAAGUAUUAAGUCGAGUUUCAGAAAAUGUUUCUUUUAUAGAAGAUAAAGUCAGAAAUAUUUCUGGUUCAUUAUUUGAAGCAAGAGACAAUAUGUCGAAAAAUUUCCACGACAUUGAGAUUCAAUUUGAGGCAAAAAUACAUGAAAAAUUUAAUCAAUCCCAGAAAAUUGUAUCGACAUUGGAAGUUUCCUUAAAUGAUCUCACAAACAACAAAAUUAAAGAAAUUGAAAUGCAUUUAAUUGAGACCAGCAAUCUGACUCUUCAUUUGAAUGAAACAUUCUUAAAAGUUGCAAACAACCUUACGGCAUCAUCGAUACGCGGACUGCGGUUUUGCACGGAAACGACCAAUGAAAUAAGAAAAACAUUAAAUGAGACAAUUCAAAAUAUAUCAUCUGCAGAUGAUGAUAUAUCCCAAAACUUUAGAAACAUUAGGAGCAAAAUAAGCUUACUGGAAUCGGAUACUUUGGCACAGCAGAGUAUCAGUAUCAAUUCUCUUACCGGAGAUGUGUCGAGUUUGCAAACAUCGCUUCAGAAUAUCCAACAGUUGGCUUCAGAUCGCAGUUCAAGACUAACCGCCAUUGAAUCACAACAGAGAUCUUACAAUAUAUCAUUGAAUACUAUUUCAAAUGGUUUGAAAUCAUUUAUUCAUGUACGAUUCACUGCUGGUGGGUCUACCUACGGGAGAGUUGAAGUAUACUAUGGUGGAUCAUGGGGGACUGUUUGUGACGAUGCCUGGGACGAUAAUGAUGCACGAGUUGUUUGUAGGAUGCUAGGUCGCAGCGGGGGAACAGCAGUUAGUUCAGCGCAGUAUGGCGCAGGAAGUGGUCAGAUUUGGCUUGAUGACGUCAAUUGUAGUGGAACAGAAUCAUCGCUGAUGGAAUGUUCUAAACCACCGUUUGGUAUGCAUAAUUGUGGGCAUAGUGAGGAUGCGGGGGUAUUAUGCAAUUAACUUUGUAUAAGAGAUACUUAAUUGUAUUUCUCAGUAGUAUGUCAAGGCAAUUUUAAUAAUUCUUUUAUGUAUUGCACUGAUGAAAUAAUAAAUGUGUUAAUUUAAUAA